AGCCUGCACGAGAGAGAAAGAGAAAGAGACAGAGAAAGAGAGGAUAGGCGGAUGAGCAUGUGCACAAGCGAGAGGAAUAGAGCUAUAGCGAAGUAAAGAGAGAGCAGCGCCAACCAGCCAACCAUCUACAGAGAGGAACGAACUGAAGAGGCUGAGUUGCUCGGCUCGGAUCUGAAUCCGAUCGCGAGCCGUGCAGUGCCGUGACUCCGCUCUUUCUCGUUGUGUUACAGCUGUAUGCAGUGCAACGUCCAAGUGCGCGUUUCCAUCUCACUUGCUCCGGAUUGACUCGCGAGCGAAUCGCAUCAGCAAAAGCAGCUCUUGCUUGCUUAUAUUGUCGAGGCGCUGCGAGUCGUGUUGCUCUCCUCUCUGCUGCUGUGUGUUACUGCUUCUCAACGGCUUGCCUAUCUCUUCAGUUCCGCGAAUGCUGACAGCUUUGUCAGCGAGAACUCGAAUCAACGACACAGUCAGUCCGCUACCGACAUAUCGUCAUCGACUUUUUCGGGGUGCGGAUUCCGUGCAAGAGUAAGCGAGAGCUACUUGCGUGCGCCCAUCGCACAUCAACGGAGAAAGAGAGAGAGAGAGCGAGAGAGAGAGAGAGAGAACGAUAAAUUGAACGAGAAAAAGAUAGAGCGCGAGGAGGAGAGGGAGAGAGUCAAAGUCCGAGUGGCUGCUGUCCUGACGACGAUGCGCCGGCCUAGCCAGCUGACCAUCUAUUGCCAACUGGAGCUGCAGCCUUGAGCGAGAGAUGGCAACGAAGCGGAUGAUCAGCGGGCUAGCAACUCCGCAGCCGGCAGUCUACUAGCUCCAUUACCAAAAAAGAGUUCAUUCACCUCCACCAGCAACAGUUCGAUCUCGGAAAACCAAACGGUCAGCAAUUUUUCGUGGCGCCGCCGACCUCGUAUCCGCGAGUCAUCGCCGUCUCGAUCCAUGGAGCCUAACCGCCCGCCCAUCAUGGAGUCCAACGUGACCCCUGCACCCAAAACCUCCGCCCAGGUGCUUUUGAGCAAGGGCAAACGCAUCGCCGCCAACCACAUCUACCAGGAGUUUAGCAAUUCUGGACGUUCUGCCGGCGAACCCAGCAAUCUUACUCAGAUACUGGACAUCCUGCUCAGUCCAACUAAGCCCAUCGAUGACUGGGAGACCAUCGACUGGAUGAAGUGGCUUAUGGCUGGUGGCCGCACCCCUGAUGAAUUUGCUAGUACAGUAAGGACAUUUGACAACGCGACAACUUGUGGAUUAGUUUGGACACCAAAUUUUGUGGCCUACCGCUGUCGUACAUGUGGCAUUUCUCCUUGCAUGUCUCUGUGUACUGAUUGCUUCAAAAAAGGCAAUCAUCACAAGCAUGAUUUCAAUAUGUUUCUUAGCCAAGCAGGUGGAGCCUGUGACUGUGGCGAUACUUCUGUCAUGAAGGAGACAGGAUUUUGUGACAGACAUGGGCCAAAAGCAACUGGAAAUUGCCAUAAUUUGGAAGCACCAGCCAAUCUGAUGUCAGUUGCUGUAGCUAUGAUGCCAAGAAUAAUAUUGAGACUCAUCCAACAUUUAAGAGAAAAUUGCAAAAUCAAUCAAACUGAAUAUAUGAGUGCAAUUCAAGAAGCUGAUGCAUACUUGCAAAUGCUGCUUGAGCUUAAUAAUAUGGGCGCUUUAAUGAGACAUGUAAUGACAACUGCUCUAACAAAUCCUCAAAAAUAUCGCGGUCUAAUGGAUCCUUCAACUUAUUCUGGUCAGUCAGAGUAUGAUAGUUAUCUUCAAGAUAGCAACAAAAUUUAUCAAGAUGCAAUUAAAGGUUUGCCUAAUCCAGAACCUCCAGAUGAGUACAAAGAAUGUGCAUCAUUGCAAGAACAUCUGGAGCAUACGACAUUUUUGGAAGAAUUGGUGUUUUGGACAGUGGCUUAUGAAUUUCCACAAAAACUCGUCUGCUUUUUAUUAAAUAUGCUGCCUGAUCCAGAUUAUAAGGAAGCAUUGACACGAGCUUUUGUUUUACACUAUAGUCGAAUUUCUAUGAUGUUAGAACGUUCAGCAGAACCCGAACAUCUUAGCAACAGAGUUGUUCAUGUUAGUGUACAACUAUUUAGUAAUGAAAGUUUAGCACUAAGAAUGGUCGAUCAGUUGAAAUUGCUUCACGUCAUGGUGAUCAGUUUAAAAUACAUGAUGAGCAAAAUUUUAAUUCAAAACAAUCUCCAUGACCCAGAUAAAAAUUUUCACUAUGUCGUCGAUUGUGGCCGUCAAGUUAUGAAGGAACAUUGUUACUGGCCUCUGGUUUCAGAUUUAAAUAACGUUCUGUCUCACAAGCCUGUCGCUCAAAGAUUUAUGAGCGACGAUACAUUAUUGGAAAUGUGGUUCGAUUUUCUAUCUAUGUUUCAAGGAAUGAACGUUAAUCAAAGGGAACUCAAUCAGCAUGUUGAGUUUGAACCUCAAUCUUAUUAUGCAGCAUUCAGUGCAGAAUUAGAAGCUAGUGCUUAUCCUAUGUGGGCUCUUGUUUCUCAUCUUUGCGGACCAGAAAGUACUGCAUUAAGUCAACGCGUCAUUACUUUCUGCGUCAAUGCCUUGCAGGACUGGUUGGAUGCUGUCAAUUUUACAAAUCCAAAAAUUAGUGACACGUUUCAGGUGUCUUUUCACCUGCCACUACAUCGAUAUUUUGCUGUAUUUCUAUGCCAAACAGUGAGGCAACAAGGUGCGAAACUGAACGAGUUGCUGCCUGGUACUGAUAUGCUCCAUUUGCUGAUGAUGCAUCCUCUACGCAUUCAGGUGGCUUUCUAUGAGAUUGUCAAUAAUUUAUGGGUUCGCAAUGGACUGCAAAUCAAAGGCCAAGCUAUGACAUAUAUUCAGUGUAACUUUUGUAAUUCGAUGGUCGACGCGGAUCUUUAUCUACUUCAAAUUUGUGCAACCAAAUUACAACCGGAUGUCUUCUUAUCGACCGUGAUAGAAAAGUUCCAUGUUAAAGAAUGGAUGAGCUUGAGUCGUUAUCACGCGCCACAAAAUGAGUAUCUAGAAGGAGAGCACGACAUCGCAAUGUUGGAAAGUUGCUUGACUUUCUUGACAACUCUCGUCGAUGUUCGGACCAACUUAGGUCUCUCAGAUCCGGAAAUGUCGUGCUUGGAAAUGGUGACUCUGCUGUGUAUGGGUGAUAAGACUCAUAGUCAACUGAUGGAGUUGAUGCCAGAACGCUGUGGUACCACGCAAAAUCGAGAUUUCGAGUCGGUGCUCGCCGAGGUCGCUCAAUACAAAGCACCGAACCUCGAAGCCAGUGGACAAAUGAACCAAGGAAUGUACAUCCCAAAAGCGCAUGUUUGGGAAGAAUUAUUUGAUCCACUUCACGUUUUACUUAGAGCUGUGCACAGAAAAGAUUUUCAAGUGUCGAUGGAUCGAUACGUCAAACACUUAAGACAAACCGGCAAGCUCGCAGCUAGCGUUACUCCAUGGCCACCGUAUCGGCAUCCAGCACCAGUCUCGGCCCAGUACGACGAUCCACGUUACGUGCUGCGAUCCAAAGUUUUUCAUGCGAUGAUCUUCGUAGUUCUUUACAAAGCAGUUAAUACUCAGGACAUAACAGAACACGUAAUGGCCUUGGCUAUACAUCUACUGGAGAUGGCGGUUGUUACCGCUGAAGUUCCAGACAAAUCCACUCACCUAAUUUGUCAGUACAACAGUGGUGCAACUCCUCGCAUUUUCAAAGAUAUGGAUCUGGCUGGCUGGUUUACCUCCAAUAAUCUUUCUGAAAACUUAAGGACUGUCAUACCUAGAGUCGUGCUCGUGCCAGAACCAGAGCAGAGCAGCUCUGAUAGUACUGGUGAAUUCGAAUGGGAAUUCCAACGUGAUGUAACGGAAGUUGCAGUGCUAAAUGAUAGCGCAGAUGAGAGUUCAAGUGGCAUAUUGGCUCUUCCUUUGUCGGCCGAUAAUGUAGAAAUUUCCGAUGAAACAAAUAUGAAUGCCGCUGCUCUUCCAGCUCUUCCAACGAUUAAUGUAGAUUACGAUACAAGUUUUGUACCUGAAGACGGGGUAGUUGCCAUCCCACGCAAUGAUAGUGAGGACGAAAUGUUAAUUGUCUCGAGAGCACUGCCUCCGUCUACCGAAGAUACGGGGGUCUUAGCCCUUGAAACACGAUCUACGUUAAACAAUGAAGCGAACAGACAACCUGCUCUUCCGCCAUCAGUUCCACGCCCUGCAGUCAUGGCUGGAAACGAAGUAGUUUUUCUGAAUUCCAUUGUUUCUCGACACGGUGGCUUAAGUUCUACUUCUACGGAAAUUGUUCCGUCAACAUCAUCUCACAAACAUUUUCGAAGAAGAGAUCCUCAAACGGGAACACCACAGCCUCAGAUGGUGAGAGUAGGAGAAAGCGUAAUAUCUCUUUUACUCAAACUUCAUUCCAAAUUAUCGGGAGCACCAGAUAGUUUCAACCUGGAGCAAACGACAGAAGCGGAACCCGGCAGUAGUAUGGACACAAGCGAGCAAUUUGAUUCUCGUAUUGGCGACGGUCCAUUUUUCAUAACUAAAUUGCUCAAUAAAAUAACAAACCUUGAUCUGAUGUGCAGAGAAAACAUCAUUGAAACUAAAAAUCGAUUGUGGCCUCGAGUCCAAGACAUUGAAGCUGAGCAAAGAGAAAAGGAGAAUAGCGAAAAAGCUGAAAGGCGGAAGCGAGCUAAAGAGAGGCAAGAAAAGCUAAUAGCUGAAUUCGUUAACAAGCAGAAGCAAUUUUUGGAAAAAGCUAUGGAGACAGAUGAAGCUGGCGGCUUAGGUAUGGAUUGGGAAUCCGAAGACGGACAAGCCAAAAUGCCUAGUAAAAAGGAAUAUGAUUGCGUCAUUUGCUAUCAGACUACAUCAAGUACAGAAGAUCAUCCAAUGGGUCUUGUCGUUCUGGUCCAGGCAACGAGCGUGCUAGGACAUCAACGAAGAUAUCCGGAGCGUUUAUUAUUGCCUACGUCGGAUGACGAUCCACCCAUACGUCAUCCAAGAGAUGAUACUCGUGGAGCUCAUUUCGAUUACAGAAUAGAUGAAUUAAACAGAUCGUUUGAUGGCGGGUCAACGAGCAAAACCCCGAUGUGGUUAUUGUCAUUAAAUUUAGGAUGGGAAGGUGGAAUCCACGUCCAAACUUGCGGACAUCAUCUACAUCUAGACUGUCUUAAAUCGUACUUACACUCUGUACGCGAUAUACAAAGACAGCAAAAUUUGGAUAGAGGCGAGUAUUACUGCCCCUUGUGCAGGCAGUUAGCCAAUUCUGUUCUUCCUUUAUCACCACAACUGGGCGAAUGCACCGCAGUGGUACGCUCUCGUCAUUCGUCACCUGAAACAAUACUCAUCGAUCUAAAUAACUUUUUGAAAGAAAUUCAAAGGAGUCCGGUUACAUCUAAUUUGGCUUUAGCUAUGGGAAAAGCUAUGGAAGACAUGACGAGUUCGACGUACAUGAAAUAUAAGCAAAAGAAUUGGAACCCUAGUCACCAAAGCUUAUUUCUUUUUGUUACUUCCGUUGCGCGUACUAAUUUUGAAGUUGAACUUGUACGGCGAGGAGGCUCGCUAUGCGAACCACCUUCAACAAUGGUUCCUCUAACGCCAAAGCGUGAUUGUAUGGUUGCACUAUUACACGUACUGGCUGUGCAUGCAAGAGUUUUGACGUUAUGGCCGGUUCAUCAGACUUGGGAACAGUUGACAGGUUUGCCAUUAGAUCCGGCUUCGCAUUUGGCUCUCGUUCCUCAUGAAGGAGAUGUUCCCCUUUUGUUAAGGGAUCCUACUGCACUGCUGCUCCAGUUUAUACUUUUGCUUCCACUUCACAUUGAUCAAACUUACUUCUCUGCUGUUGUCAAAGUUUUGUACAAUUUAUUAUACUAUCAAAUAAUAGUGCAAAUUAGUUGUGGUCUAACACAAGCUGAAAGAAAUGCUGUUAUUGGUCGAAGUAUGCUUGAUGAUCAAACUUUUGCACCAACUUCCGAAGCUAUUUUAAGGACUGUGAUUGUAUAUUUCCGCGAUACCGCACUCUACUGUAACGACGACAACGCAUCUUCAUCAACAAGUCACGCUAGAAUAAGAAGCCACGUUAUCGAACAACAGAUUCAGUCGCUAUGUCUGCCCUUCCUCCGAGUAGCAGCACUCCUCCGUCAUCACUUAUAUGAACAACCUAUACCUUUGAUUCGUUCUGCAGAGACAGAGUUUGUAAGGCUAGUAUAUUAUUUAGAACUAGUAACUGAGGGCAUGGACUGGAGUUGUUUCAAUGCAGCGGUAGCUUUGAAAUGGCAAAACGACGAAGUUGCAGUCUCUGUUCCUCAUACUUGGUUUGAACAAUUUGCUGUCUUUGUGACUCAGAGUGAAAUUGCUGCUAGAGGUCUAAUUGUCGACCAGCAUAUAACGUGGCAUAUGCCAAAAUUACUGGGUCUUCCAAGAGAAUACGAGAAAAUAUUUACGUAUUACCAUCAACGCCAGUGCCGACAGUGCCAUUCUGUACCCAAGGACAAAAGCGUAUGUUUAUUAUGUGGUACCAUCGUUUGUCUCAAACAAAAUUGUUGUAAACAGUCAAAUGUUUGCGAAGUCGUACAGCAUUCUAUUGACUGUGGGGGUGGAACUGGCAUAUUUUUAGAAGUGACAUCAACGUAUGUUAUUGUGAUUAGAGGAAAGAGAGCUUGCUUAUGGGGUUCUCUAUACCUUGACGAUUUUGAAGAAGAGGAUAAAGACUUGAAACGUGGAAAGCCGUUAUACUUGAGCCAGGAUAGAUACCAGUUACUAGAACAACAGUGGCUUGCUCAUAGAUUCGAUCAUACGAAAAAAACAUGGGUUCCGCAUCGCGAUGCUCUGUGACGUUCUACAAUUAUGAAAAAUUGAUCCAUCCGUUAUUCCCACAGGAAAUACCUCGCCAAAAUUUUACAGGGCUUCAAAAUUUAUAAAAUCAAUUGACUACCAAUAAGCAUAUUUAUUCACUGGCGACCGGUAAAUAAAAUAAUGAAUAUAAGUUUAAAUAUUGAAAGUAUUUGUUGUGACGGAACUUAAAGAGAACGGCACUUAAAGAGAGACGUUUUGCGAAAAACGUAGAAUUAUGAUCGUUUUCUUGAAGCUAUUUUAUUUAAGACUUCUCAGAAUCAACUUUCAACCGAAAUACGUACAUAGUGCAUAAAUUGCUUCAUUUUAAAUAAAAAUCAAAUUUAAUUAACUUUCUCAUUAGAUUGGUUUUUUUGGUUCUAUUUACACUAUGAAUUAUUUGUUGAUUUGAAGUUACUUGAUUCCUUUACAAUGAUUUCGUAAAUUAUUUUGACGUUUAGCGUAGACGGUAUAUUAAUUUGUGGAGAUAAAGCUUAAUACUGAAAAAAUAGACUGACGUCUUAAAUUUUACGUUAUGUUUUAGAAGAACAACAUUGUUGUUUAGUGUUCUUAUAACAAUCCUACAGUGAAAUACUACAUGUUGAAAAAUGAUAAGUAUUGUUUAAUAAUAUCUAACAUUUCACUCCUUUUUUGCAGAUACUAAAGACAAGUUUCUAAUAAAUUAUUUUAUUUCUUAAAAUCCAGCAAAGUUAAUUGACUAGAUAUAAAAAAUGAAAUCUAUAUUUUUAACGUUGCUUCGGUGGCUGCGUAAAUUUAUUGACGUUUGUAAAUAUAAUUUCUGAAGUGAGAAAGAGAAUGAAUGAGUGAGAGAGGUAUUGAAAAGAGACCAGCAAACGUUGAUGAAAAUGGGCUGUGUACACCCAAAUUGCGAGUGUAUUGGUAAGUGUGAAUGUUACGACAAGCUUAUAACGUUGGAGGAAAACAAUUUAUCUUGUAUACAAGUUGUUCAUUGUUUAAAUUUAAAAAUCUAGCAAAUAAAUAUAACCAUUCUUUAUUUUUGCGUAUAUACAAGUUAGUAUUCUUUAACUGAUUGUAAAUAUGUAUAGGCGUCAAAUGGUUAAUACGCAAGUACACCGCGCAAUAACAUGUUCGGUCAAUUGCGGAUUAAACAAUUUGUACAUAAAACACUUACAAAGUUAUUCCGAAAGUUUUUUAUACUUAGAAUUGUUUUUUGUCUAAGUAUAUAUUAUAUCUUAUUAUUGAGAAGUUUAUAAUAGACCUGCUCAAGACUUAUAAAUCAGUGAUUGAAUUAUACAAUGAAAUUAUGAUUGUGUUAUAAAACAAGUAAAAAUAAAAAUUUAUCUUAUGAUCAUUAAUUUUUAUUUGUAUUUUUCUAUAUUUGCAAUUUUAAGUAUAUUGAACAAUUAUAAGCACGAGAUGAUGUGAAAAAAGAAAAACAUCAUUCAGUUAAAUGAUACCUGUUUAAUUAUUCAUAUAGGUUUCUAAUCAUAUUCAAAGAUCAACAAUCAAUUAUCAACGUUUAUAUAUGUGUGCGUGCGCGUACACUUAUGACUUAUGAAUUGCUACUUUUAAAAUUCAUUCGGAAUCUAAUAAAAUAGAAAACAUAAUAAUAUAGUGAAAUUGCUAUUUGUUUUAUCUUCUUUACAUUAGAUGAGGGUGAAUAGAUUACCUACUCAAUUAUCAACGCUCAUUAGAAAAGUUUAUGAAUUUUAGAUC